AUGGAGGAAGUUAAAGAAUUCAACAAUGAGCUAAACUCAUUGUACCAAGUAAAACCUCCCAUCUCAAAGGCCAAGAUGAAUGGCCUCACUAAACUUGCCCUCAAGUCCUUGAAACAUUACAAGCACGUCGUACUUAGCAUUGAAAAGUUCAUCCAUAAAUGCCAACCGGAUUACAAACUCCCGGGUCUAUACGUAAUAGACUCCAUCAUUAGACAGUCAAGACACCAACUCGGCCCCGAUAAGGAUCCAUUCGUGGCCAGGUUCUCCAGGAACAUUGCUGUCACCUUCCAUGAUCUCUUCAGCUGCCCUUCCAACGAAAUUUGCAAGAUAGUAAGAGUUUUAAACCUGUGGCAGAAGAAUAGUAUGUUCUCACCAUACAUAAUACAGCCACUCCUUGACAUGGCCGCCGAUCCUACCAAUGUAGACAUCUACGUUAAUGGUUUGCUAGUUGUUUGUUUCUAUAUCAUAUUUUUUCUGUUAGAUUUCUUUUAUAUGUGUUUUCUUAAUCUCUGUUUCUCUUUACUGUUGUUGAUAUUCAUCAAUGUAUCUUAA